AUGUGGGCCGAUAUCAACGGGGAGCGGAAAAAGGUCGCUUGUUGCGAGCGCGUCGUCAUCAACUACACAAUCCCCAAGGCGUCUGAAUGCGCUUGUCCAUCUGAGCGCAACCAGCCAGUUCUCCUAGCUAACACCAGUGGACGGGUUCAGAAGAACCGAACCAGAAAAGCAACCAACGCACUCAACCCCGCCGUCAUUGAAAAGGCUAUCAAAGCCGCCCAGGACGGCGAGACAGACUCCUCGUCCCUCCUCACACGAACUCCCACGAGCGAAAGCAAUGAUGCCUCGCCUCCCUCCAGUGCGAGCUCUACUCCCCGUCUACUUCCCUCCCGGAAAGCGAGUCACGGCUCGGAAACCACCCCCACGGAUAACGCCCUCUCUACGAGCCGCCCUGCUACCUCGCACUCCCAGGAGUCCUCAAGUUGUUGCAAGCCGAAGCCAGUUCAAUCUCAAGGCGGAGGCUGCUGCAGCAAUAAGACAAACGAGCAGCCGAAACCUGCACAGUCCAAGAAGUCAUGUUGCUCGGGAUCCACGUCUGCCCAGCCAACGCAACCUCAGCUCGCGCAGCCAAACGGAGCUCAGAGGAGCCAUGGCCAGUUUGGCCCGCAUUUCGGGGAGUAUCCCGGACAGCUCCAGCAUCCACAAUAUGGCAUGAUGAACCAAGGCAACAACUACAUGCCGAUGCCCCCGCCAUUCAACUUCAACACCCCAAUUUACAACCAUAUGGCGUCUGUCUACCAGCCGCCCGCGUCGAUACCGAUGCCAUCACUGAACAAUCAUGGCGCAACGCAUGCGCCCGAACACAACUGCCACUGCGGCGACUCUUGCAGCUGCUUUGGAUGUGCGGCUCACCCGAACAAUGCGACUAUGAUCGAAUACAUGCGGUCGAUGCACCAUUUCAUGACCCAUGGAGCUUGGGGACAGCUACCGCCGCCGACAUACGACAUGCCUUCUUACCCGCACCAUCCUGGAUUCAGCGCUGACGGUGGAUUGGCGUACAACAGCACAGCACCUGCCAAUUUUCUUCCCACAAACCAGAUGAACUUCCAGGCGAACAUGAACGGCACCAUGAGCAUGCCAAGCACCCCGCUCACCGUUACGGGCGCAUGGGCGCAGACUCCCCUCCAGAACUCGACCCAGGUCCCUCCAUCGCUGGAUGCGCAGUACUUUGCCGCUGGCAACAUCGCUCCAGUCACGACUCAAGAAGCAACAUCGUCCCUCAAGAUGGAAGAGGCGGCACAGAGCCCGACUUUCGCCGAUAGCCCGAGCGACGGAAAAGACGAGGAGACACCGACCCUCUCACCGUCUUCGUACUUCUGGGGGGAGAUUGAGCUACCGGGCUGCAACGAUGCUACCGGCACUUGUCAAUGUGGCGACGGGUGUGAGUGCGUGGGCUGUUUGACGCAUGGCGGGCACAACGGAAUUCCUCUGGAGUCUUCGUCAGCCGCCGAAGAGGAAUCCUUUCCAAACUUUGUUUCGAGUAACGACGCGAACGGAAACCGUUCGAGCCAGUUUCUGGCCUUCUCCAACGCGCCAACUUGA